UCGUUAGCGGUGGCGGCGGCUACUUAGGGUACACGUUGCUACAAUCGGUAUUGUCUCGUUGAUAGUCGGUAUUUCGGAAUAAAUAUUUUAAUUGAGGCUUUUGAUACGAAGUUGAUUGAGCUUUGAGUCGGUCAAGGGCUACCAUAUUGCUGGAAGCGAUCAAUUUCGGGGCUCGGGUUUUUUUCUACACCCUACUUGGAAUAUUAACAUCACGUAAAUUGAUCGUUGAACCUUAUUAAGUGAUAAUGUUUUCAGCCUCGUUUUAGUGCGUAUUUACAACUGAUAUUAGUAAAAAAAAGAAGCUAACAUUGGGUCACGGUAGUUUCAGGAAAUUCUAUUACAUCAUCAAGAAUUUUUUAGUACUUUAGUGCUAAUCAUACAUUGCGAGUAAUUCUUUUCGUUUAAUACUUUUGUUCAUCAAUCGUUACAGUCCUUUGUUUUAUUUUUUACACUUCACCAUUUAUAUUCCACAUUAACCAUUAUAAUGGGGAAUGUUUUUGCUAAUUUGUUCAAAAAUUUAUUUGGUAAAAAGGAGAUGAGAAUACUGAUGGUAGGAUUGGAUGCAGCUGGUAAAACAACUAUUUUAUAUAAAUUAAAAUUAGGUGAAAUUGUUACAACUAUUCCAACUAUUGGUUUUAAUGUUGAGACUGUUGAAUACAAAAAUAUUAGUUUUACAGUAUGGGAUGUUGGUGGACAGGACAAAAUCCGUCCACUUUGGAGGCAUUAUUUCCAAAAUACACAGGGUUUGAUUUUUGUAGUAGACAGUAAUGAUAAAGAACGUAUUUUUGAAGCUAAAGAAGAGCUAAUGCGAAUGCUUGGUGAAGAUGAACUUAGGGAUGCAGUUCUAUUGAUAUUCGCUAAUAAACAAGAUUUACCAAAUGCUAUGAAUGCUUCUGAAAUAACUGAUAAGUUAAGUUUACACACAUUGCGUAAUCGAAACUGGUACAUUCAAGCAACAUGUGCAACCAGUGGCGAUGGUCUCUAUGAAGGUCUUGACUGGCUUUCAAAUCAAUUAAAAAAUGCCAAUCGUUAACCAAUUCUGGACUACAUUAAUAUUAUAAAAUUAUAAAUUAAAAACAUUUAUUUGUAAUUCAUGGAAAUCAGUCUAAGCUUAGAACAGACAAAACUUUUUUACUCCAGGCAAGUUAAUAUUAUUAAACGAGUUCUUCUGAUUAUUCAGUAUUCCAUUUUUAAGUUUUUUUUAAAAAGUUCUAUUAUAAAUUGAUGGUAAUAACAGUUAAAGUGAACCGUUUAAUAAAUAUUAAUUUUAACCAAAUAAAAAAAUUUGUUGAAAAAAAGUUAAUAAUUUCGAUUACUACUAUCAUAACUUUCUCUUAAUCAAAUACAUUUUUGUAACUAUUUUGUUGAAUUUAUACAUUGUUUUGUUAAAUUCAACACAUUUUAGCUUUAUUUUGAAAAUUUAUUAUUAUUUUAGUUUAAAACACUUUUUUUUUUUAGUGUUUACAUUUCUUUUUUAUAUAAAUAUAUAAAAAAUAUAUACUCCCAACCCGCUAUACAAAAGUAACUAUGUAUAAUUUGUCUUCAUAAGUUAUACUAAAGCUGAAAUUUUUUGUAAAUAAAAUUUACUAUUUAUAUUACCAUUUAAUGUUAAAAAUGUGGAUAUUAUUUUAUAACAUUGGUUUCAUUUGCCCCAUCCAUUUGGUUUUAAGUUGUACAUAACUGUUUUGAGUUAUUAUGAAAGUACAAGUUUAUCGAAUAAAAGCGGAUAAAUUUAUUUA